GUCAUCUCGCCAUAAGCCACGCAGCAAUAUACUGCACGUCAACGAGUUGGCUAAUCGUGUGUAUCAUCCGUGUACGAAUUAUUCUAUUGAUUAUUCAAUUAUCGUGCCGUCACCACAUAUAUCUAUUUACCUAAAGAUGUUGGGAGUAACCGCGCUAACUCUACUACUGGCAACCGCAGUCUCGGCCAGACCGGAACCUCCUGUUGGGCAGUAUCUACCGCCUGAUCAGCAGUACGGUCCACCACGGAGAAACGGCUUCGGUGUUGGAGGGCAAUCAAGUCAAAAUGGUCCGGGUGGUACAUUUGGAAAUAAUCAAUAUCUCCCGCCAAAUCAGCAAUAUGGUGCACCAGGGGGUGCUUUCGGUGGAUACAAUGAUGGAUAUAAUGAGACUCCUGCCAAGUACGAAUUUGAGUACAUGGUGAAUGACAUUGAAAGUGAAAAUGACUUUGGACAUAAAGAAAGUCGUGAUGGCGAUGUGGCACGUGGUGUUUACUACGUUCUUUUACCAGAUGGUCGACGUCAAACAGUUGAAUAUGUCGCGGACCAAAAUGGUUUUCGACCAAUCAUCACUUAUAUGCAAGAAGGAACUGGUAUUGGGAACGGUUACCGAAACGAUGGUACCGGCUACCCAAGUGGAAACAAUGGUUAUCGUUAUUAGUUUCGUAGACAGACUCAAGAUGCCAACCUAUUGUUAUGUCGGUCGACAAACGCGUUUCAAUCCACUACUCGUAUUUCUUUUCAAAAUAUUUGUUUAAUCUUACUUGGCCAAUGACUUUUUGCUAAUUAUAAUUUAUAAUUUCAUUGUAUUACAUCGUUUCUUUUCAAUGCUAAACUGUUUUUACAAAAAAUAGAACCGUUUAAAUUAAGGUUCUACUCCGAUUCUCUACAUAUAAAGAUCUCUGAUAACUUCAAACUAACUCGACAUUAGCAUAUUCCAAUCAGCUCGAUUGAAACUUUGCGGAAUUAUCAAUCCACUUUACAUAUUAUCGUAAAAAAAUAUAUUUAUAUUGAACGUAAUUAAUUUGUGGUUGGCUGUAGUAAUUCAUUAUAGUGAAAUACUCAAAGUAUUUUACAUAUAUGUAUCCUUGUAAAAUAAUAGCUCAAUAGUUCUUCCUGAAUAACUACAGAAUAUUUCAUAAUGGAUUAUUAUUAUUUGUUACUCCAAUACACUCAUCUAUUGUAUCAAUUUUAUGUAUCAUAAAUUUUUUGAUUA